AUGGCCUCCCCUCGUCCUGGUUCCCCUCUCACCUCCGGCGCUGAGUCUGGCGCCGAGUCCAAGUCCGCUGGCGCUGCCGGCGCUGUCGCCUCCGGCUCCUCUGUCAGCCGUCCCUCGUCGCCCUCUGCCCCCGGUGGUCCCCGUGCUGCUAUGCGUCGCCGUGCUGCUGCCGACCACAAGGAGUCUCUUCGCAAUGCUCGUCCCAGCUCUACUCGCUCCGCUGGUGCUGGUGGUUCCUCCGGUACUAUGCUCAAGCUCUACACCGAUGAGAGCCCCGGUCUGCGUGUCGAUCCCGUUGUUGUCCUGGUCCUGAGUCUGGGCUUCAUUUUCUCGGUCGUUGGCCUGCACGUCAUCGCCAAGAUCACUCGCAAGUUCGCCGCAUAA